CCUCGCUCACUCACAGCAUCUACACCGAUCACCAAUUCACCAAGGCAACAACCAGAUCUCACUCUGUAGCAAAAACAAGGCGCGUUAGGCUCCAGCUCAAGAAGCAGAUACAAAGAUGGCCGCUGCAGCGAAGGCGUCGUGGAUGGUGGCCAUGAGCGUGGGCGCCGUGGAGGCGCUCAAGGACCAGGCGGGGCUCUGUCGCUGGAACUACGCGCUGCGGUCCGUCCACCGGGCCGCCAAGGCCAACGCUCCCAGCUUCGCGCAGGCCAAGAAGAAGCUGGCGCCGGCGGAGAAGAAGCGGGCGGACAAGGCGGAGGAGGGGAUGAGGACCGUCAUGUACCUCAGCUGCUGGGGCCCCAAUUAGAGCUAGGCUUCCGUGUUCAGUUCAGCCGUCCCUGUCUCGGCUUGCAGUGCAGCAACCUGGCCUGGGUUGAGACCUGAAACCUGGCCGGUUGCCUCCUGCGAUUGUAAAAUAGGAAUAGGAUCACGAUGAUGAUGAUGAUGAAAAGUUUCUUUUCCUUCACAUGAGUA